AUGGUCUGCCCCUACAAAACCACGAUUUCCCUCUCCAAGUUCGUCGGCACAUUCUCUCUAGGCCUAUUAACCGGCCUUUCCUACACCCUCGCAACCCACAGCGUCCCCUCCCUCCUCGCCCUCCCCACCGCAACCUCCUGCGCACGCUCCUUCCUGCACCUCCAAACGACUGCAAAACGGCACCUGCGCCUCCUCUCCGCUGUGACCGUAACCUCCCUCUCGCUCGCCUUCAUCAUUUCCCCCGCGCGCGGCCGACACCCGUAUCUCCUGUGGACGGCGCUGGUGGCUGCGAGCGGCGGCGCGGUCGACUAUGUGCUGAGGCAUGAUGAGGACGGGCUGAAGAGUGUUGUUGGGGAGGAAGGGGAGAGGGCGGAGGCGGAGGUUAAUGGCGAGGAGGUUAGGGGCGCGGUCGAGAGGUUUGGGUUUGCGGAGGUGGUUAGGACGGGGGUGUCGGGGGUGGCGUUUGCGAUGGCUGUGGUGGGGAUUUGGGGGGAUGGCGCUUAG